GAUGAAGACGUGGAGGCAAGACGAAUAACCUGUCGGAUGCUGGCGACUGUGGAGGCCGACCCAUCCCAACCUGCGAGAAGAGUUUAUGACGAGGUGGUGCACGACGAGGAUGACGUAGGUAACGUGCCAAACUUCCAGACCGUCCGUACGCAGUUGGAACGGCGCCGAGCUGCUGUGGCCCCUCCUAUCCCCUAUGAUGUGGCUGACGUGGUGAUCCCCGACCAGUGGAGGGAGACCUGGGAUGGCCGCGAAUACGUCAGCCAAGACAACGAAUGGGGGAUCGUCGUCUUUGCCACCAACAGGAACUAUCGAAAGAUGAGACACUGCAGCGUGCUGUACAUGGACGGCACGUUCAGAAGUUGUCCGCGGCCGUACCAGCAAUUCCUCACAAUCCACGGACUGUGCCAUGGCAGAGUGAUACCAUUGGUGAUGGCACUCAUGGCGGACAAAAGAGUCGGAACCUACCGACAAGUCCUCAACCACGUGGAAAGAAAAGUAAGAGAACAGACCGGCCGUCGCCUACGACCUGAGCGGAUCGUGUCGGACUUUGAGGCAGCGCUUAUGGCAGCGUAUGAGACAGAGUUCGUAGAGGCCACCACAUCCGGGUGCUACUUCCACUUUUUUUAUUUAUUUUUUAUUAAUUUCACAAGUAAGACAAAGUACAGGACAAAGUGGUAGCGCACUCAAGUUACAAUACUUAUUUUGACGCUACCACUUAAUAAAUGAAAUACAAGGAAAUAAGGGAUGACAAAAUGUGACAUAGU